ACGUACUAACAGUUCCAAACAAUUUGUCGAAAGUGCAUGGCUCUGAGGUGAAUUGUGGAUAAAAAGCGGUUGAUUAUUCGCAAAUUUCGUCCUGUUAUAAUAUGAUUUAUGCGGGUAGAAAUAAAUUGGAGUCUUCACACACGUCCCAUCAAGAGACAACUAAAGAACUAGAUGCCAAUAACACAGACAAGCAUCGCCACUGGUGGCGUGGUAAAAACAAGCACAGUAGGCAAUCGGUGAAAGAAAAUUGCUCUCAAAUGGCUGUAGACUCUGUCAAACAACAGUUGAACAAAGUAUUUAACGAGGAUGAAGCUCCAAUCAACAAGAAACUACCCAAGGAACUUCUUUUGCGAAUUUUCUCUUAUCUGGAUGUAGUGUCAUUGUGCCGCUGUGCCCAAGUCUCCAAGUCCUGGAACAUAUUGGCACUAGAUGGUUCCAACUGGCAACGAAUAGAUCUUUUUGACUUUCAGAGGGAUGUUGAGGGUCCAAUAAUAGAAAACAUAUCCCGAAGAUGCGGUGGUUUCUUGCGGCAGCUCUCGCUGAGAGGUUGCCAGUCCAUGGCGGACGGAUCGAUGAAGACGUUGGCGGCCCUCUGCCCCAACGUGGAAGACCUCAACCUCAACGGUUGCAAACGAUUGACGGACGCGACGUGCACCGCUCUCUCCAAGCACUGUUCGAAAUUGCAAAAACUCAACUUGGAUAGCUGCGUUUCCAUCACCGAUUCGUCGUUAAAGGCAAUAAGCGAUGGUUGUCCGAACAUGACUCACAUAAACGUCAGUUGGUGCUGCAACAUAACGGAGAACGGCGUGGAGGCGUUGGCCAGAGGCUGCCCCCGUCUCAAGAGUUUCAUUAGUAAGGGCUGCAAGCAGAUCACAUCCAGGGCCAUAAUGUGCCUAGCCCAAUUUUGCCAGCAACUCGAAAUAGUCAAUCUGUUCGGUUGUAAUAAUAUCAGAGACGAAGCAGUCCAAUGUUUGGCGGAGAAGUGUCCGAAAUUGCACUAUCUCUGUUUGUCGGGUUGCUCGGCCUUAACUGACACUGCCCUCAUAGCUCUAGCACAACAGUGCCAUUUAUUGUCCACGCUAGAAGUAGCUGGUUGUUCGCAGUUCACCGAUGCCGCCUUUCAGGCCUUAGCUAAGAAUUGUCGAUUUUUAGAGAAAUUAGAUCUUGAUGAAUGUGUUCUAAUAACAGAUGUUACACUAAUUCACCUAGCAAUGGGAUGUCCUAGAAUAGAUAAAUUAACACUUUCGCACUGCGAACUCAUCACCGACGAGGGCAUAAGACACCUUUCAAUGUCGCCGUGCGCCGCCGAAAAUCUUACCGUCUUAGAGUUGGACAACUGUCCGUUGGUCACAGACGCUUCGCUGGAGCACCUCACCUCCUGCCACAACUUGCAACGUGUCGAACUCUACGACUGCCAGCUGAUCACCCGGAUAGGCAUCAGAAGACUCAGAAAUCAUUUGCCGAACAUCAAGGUGCACGCAUAUUUCGCGCCCAUAACGCCGCCGCCCAGUGCGGGCGGCUCGCGCCAGCGCUACUGCCGCUGUUGCGUGAUAAUAUGAGAAAACGGCCCCGUCGGACCCAAUUGAAAUGCCACCGUAACCAGUUGGUAUGUGUUCAGCGUGCUUCAGCAAACAUGUAGACACCAUUGCAGUACAUGUAGGGACGUAAACGUCGCCGUCGUCCUCGAGACUCUUUAAGCAAAUUUACCUUUCGUUUAAACUGUAUGAAGACCGGACGUUGGAAACAUUUAUGAUAUGAUCAAUCCGCGAACCUAGGUUUGGACAUAGAGAAAAUUAUUUUUGUAUGUAUAAAAAGAAAAUAUGCGUGAGCUCGUGCUUGCCGUAAUCAGAGCUUAAAUUCACUUGUUUAAGAAGUACACCAAACCAAAGAUGAUGAUAAUUGCUUGUUUGUUAUAACUGAAAUGACUAAAGUGCAAUAUUUCAAUGUUCAUCAAUCAUGAAUACAGUUACGUCGUGAAAUCUCCAACACAGUUCAAACAUUAGAUUAAGAUCUUUAAAAUAUGAAACCAGUUGUAAGUUUUUUUUCUUAAUUUAAUCUAUACUCAGUUUUUUUACAUUUAAACAAAUAAAACUAAACUAAAAAUUAGUAACAACUUAGUGUAUGCAAUGGCUAAUUAUGUUAAACUAAUUUAUCAAUGCCAGUUUUAUAGACUAAAUAUUCCUAAUUAAGAGGGGCUAAAUAGAAUAAAUGACACACAAAAAAUCGAACAAUUUGUGUAUAACUCUAUUAUUAUAUGUUUAUUAAUUUUUGUCUUUAUUAAAUUUAAACUAUUUUGAAGCUGUACUGUUAUUUAUUAAUUUCAGCUUCAGGAUUGGUACACUAAUUAUUAUUUAUCAGUGGAUAUAAUCCUAAAUAAUAAUACAAUUUCUAGUCAAUAUUAUUUAAAUAAACCUAGUAUCUGUAUUGAAUGCAGAGUUUGUUUAAUAAUGUUACAUCACGAGGAAUGUGCAAAUGCACACACUUUAGUCAUUUAAUAAACUUUAGCUAAGUAAAUACUCAGUAAGAGCUCUGAAUGAUAAAUUUUUAAAUUAGUCUCAUAUCUUAAAUGUUGAAAAAUCAAUUAUUUCGGCCAAAGGAUAAUAAAAAGGGAUUCAAAAAAUUCCAUACACAUUUGGAGGACAGUGCAUAACAUUGUGAUAGUAAAUAGAGACGCGUUUUCUAAACUCAAUAGAAAUUCGAAGUAGAAAUUUUCAAUUAUUUUAUAUAAAAAGAGUCUUUAAAAUGAAAUGUUUAAAAACUUACGUACUUAAAAUGAUUAAAUUGCUAAAUAACAUGCUCAAAAAGUUUUUUAACAUUUUCGUUAGUAUCUCGAAAAUAUAUAUAAAUGCAGCUGGCAGAAACAUUGGGGCCAUGAGGGGCUAUUUAUAAAAAAAAGUAAAGAAUUGUAUUUACAUAUUUUAAAGUAUAUAUAUUGAAUAUAUUAUAAUUAUAAAAAUAUAUUUAUCAAAUUAAUAUUUUUGCAAAGUCAAUAAUCUGGAUAAAUAUUAUGUUAAUCAAAUUGCAUUAUCGUGUUAUUAAUUUAAUUAUUUCAUUAAUUUGAUUGGUUACAAUUAACUUUGUGCUUGGAAAUUGAAGAAUUAGCAAAUCUAACAAGUCACAAGAUAAAAGUCAAUGAACAACUUGGAUAGUAUAAGUGCCAUUUUUUUAUUGUGACCAAAUAUAUAAAUUUGUUAUUUAAUCAAAGUGAUUUUUGGGAGAGGAGAUUUAAGAAUGUUGACAAACUAGAUGAAUGUGAUAUAAUUUAUUAUCAUAUAUUGCGAUUUUCUACAAACCAUUGCAUUUAAUUUUUAUUUAUUAAAAAAUAUACCAUAUGUGUCGAGCCAAAACCAAAAGUUCAUGUUUGGGUGGUAUUUGUGCUUAUUUGGUUUUGAUUAAUUUGUUGCGAAUAUUGUACUCAUUUGCUUUGUAUAUCGUCGAGUAUUAUGUAACUGUGUAUAUCAAGUUUAACCAUUGUUCUUUCUAUUUAUAUAUUUUUGAUUGAAGAUGCUGAUGUUGGUUGUAGAUAAUUGUAUGUAUUAAAGAUGGUCGAUCGUAACUAUUUUUCAAUUAAGAAUUGUGGUUACUGUCGAUAAGGUGAUAGGAUCGAAGCUGUUUUAAUAAUAUCCUUAAUGAUAAGUUUAUAGGUCUUUUUCAAUAUUAUUACAUAUAGUUGUUAAACUACACUUCUAUAUUCCUAUUGUAGAACUAUAUAUGUACGAUGUAUUGAUGUAGACACAUUUAUCGUAUUUGUUUAGAGUUUUCUUCUCGGGAUAUAGCACAGAAAAUCGCUAAAUAUAUUUUUGUCUUAUGGUUAUCACAUGUUUACUAAAUUAAAAAUUGGUUCAAAUUUAAAAUAUCAUUUGGCGAUACAUAUCUUCAUAAAAUUUAACGUAAACUUUACGAGUCAAGUCUGAUUAUUUCUAGGUAUGUAUUUCGUAAUGUCAUCGAAUUUAGAAUUUUCUCAUUAGCACGCGAUGUUUUAUAAUAAGAAAUUAUAUUUGUGGUUUUCUGUCGAUAUUUCCCAACUACUUCACCAAAUCUAUUUUAUUUGCAGCUGUUCCUCUUAAUUGGUAUGCCUCAAAAUGCCUGUGAUACAAAAAUUAAACAUUUUGACAAUGUUACUAUUGAUGGAUAAAGACUAUCAUCAUUUUUAUAUAAAAUGUUGAUUAUAGUUUUUAUGCAUGAAGCAAAAAAUUAAAUUUUUGAAAAAUAAAUGCUUCAUUGUUUUCUUACUGAUGUAAACUGUUUUGUUGUGACGGAUCUGAUGUAUAUAAUACCCUCUGUAUAUAUUUUGUAGUUAUUUUCAGGUUAUUUUAUAUUUUCAUAAUAAAUCUUAGUUUAUUUUUA